AUGUUGUUGUUGUUGUUGUUUUUUUAUCUCAUUUUUUUAUUAUUUAUCUCGAAUCGAACAAAUGCUAACAAUUUCUCUGCUGACUAUAUACCUAGACUUGACGAGUUAUAUCCAUUGCCUGUUAAUGAUCAAAUAACGAGAAUUGCUGAGCAAUUUCGUCAAAAUCCUUUUUGGGAACUUGGAAAUCUGCCUAUCGUAUUAACCGAAGCUCAACAAUCCAUACCAAAUACAUGUACAUGUGACUGUCGUGAAUCACGAGCAGGACCAGGAGUAUAUAAAAAUGGUCAUCUUUAUGCACCGACAAAUCCCAAUCCGUAUCGUAUCAAUCAUACCGGUGUUCAUCCUCGUACAACACAUCAUAUAUUUCUCAUUCGGCAUGGAUUAUAUUUUUAUACGGAAGAUGAAUCAACUGCACAUUUACUUCGCUAUGGAAAAUAUCAAACACGAAUGGCAGGUCAUAAAAUAAAUAAAAAAAUUCAUGAAUUAAUCCAAACAAUAGGUCCAUUAACACGACCGAUUAAAUUAGUAUCAAGUACACAAGUACGUGCAAUCGAAAGUCUCUAUAAUAUUCGUUUACAACUCGACAAUCAAUUCUCAUUUGAACCAGACGUUAUUCAAGAUACAGGCCUGAGAGAAUGCAUUGAUACUAUCAAACAACGUAAACGUUGGUAUUAUUUUGUUCGCGAAUAUUUACAACCGCCUCAAACAGAUAGACCUGAACAUACAGUAACAAUUAUAGCUGGCCAUGGGAAUCUUUUCACAGCUUUCGAUCAUAUCAUAAGACGUUACUUUGCUCGUCGACGACCGCUUGAAGAAUUUUUAAGUUUCUCUCUUCCGACUGUAACCACAUUGUCGCAUGGUCAAACAUUAUUGUAUCGUACAGUUGGAACUGAAAUACCUAAACUAGUAGAAUCGGUUACUAUGAAUGAAAUUCCAAUAACUGUCAAUCAUGCAGUUUUGAGAAAAGAUUUCUAUUAUGAAUGGGCUGCCAUGCAUCAAUGUCGAUUCACUCAUGCACAAGAAGAAAUGAGAAAUUAUAUUCAUACAAGUGUUCUAGAUCAUGUAUUUGCUGUAGAGGCAUUUCCGAAUCGAAUAAGAAACUAUAAUAUUAUUGUAUACAUGGAAAUGAAACUAGAAUAUACUACACAUUUAGUGCCCAUGAUGCAUCAUACUUGUCGUCGUUAUCUUCAUCGUCUAUCACUUAUUCAAGCAAAUACAGAUUUUGGAUCAUUCAAUCGUUUAGGAUCACCAAUACCUGUUCCAUCUUCAGUCGAAGAACAACGAGCACCAUUCACCACACCAUUGUAUCAAUUUAGUCCAUAUGGAAUGCCAUUUCCAGUCGAUAAUUCUAUACAAAAAUUUCGAGAAAAUCCAAUAUUAACUCGAGGAAACAUUCCACGUGAUGAUAAAGCAUCCUAUUUAACUCGUCUUGGCAUUAAUCAAAUACGUGGUAUUAUGUCACAAAUACAUAAAAUUAUUCUCAAACUUCUAGAAAAGUUGCCUGGAAAUAUUCGCAUGUUUCCUGUAAAAAUAGUAUCCGAUCCAACUAUUCAAUCAGCGGAGUCAUGCUUUCAUACACGAAGUCUUCUUCUUGGUGCCAACUAUAGCGUAUCGGAACAGACUACUGAUCUUGGACUUCUACAUAAUUAUUUUCAAAAGAAGGCUCGAGAAGAAUUUAUGCAAUUUCAACGCGUACAAAUUCUCCACAUGCUACGUACUUAUCUUACGCCCGAUACAAGUGAUGCAACACGUCCAUCAUUAAAAAUUCAUAUUUUAUGUGGUGAAGGUCGUUUAUUCACAGCAUUUCGUCAAGAAAUCGCCUCAAGUAAUUUUCUUAUUCAACCACAUGAAAGAUUUACCACCGUCAUGGGUCCUGAACUUAACGCAUUGAAUCAUGGAGAAUCAAUUUACUUUGAAACUAUUGGACCUGAAAUAAUAAAACUUCACGACUCUUUAUCUCUACUUCAUUCAGGAAACAUUCCUGAAGAACAAAGAAUUCCAACGACUGAUUCACUUCAAUUGACAUCGCGUGAUUUCAAAUAUUGGAUGCGAAACCGAGAUGGUCCUUGUACACUAUCGUACUUUCUAUCACAUAAAGAGAGAUUAUCCCUAUCAGUAGUAAGUUCGAGUCCACUCUAUCACAGUAGAGUUGCUCGAUUAAUUAAACAAGAAUGGAAUCCGUAUCUUGCUGGUUUAUUUCUUUACUCAUGUCGUGUCCAGCUUACAUUAUUGAAUGGUAAUACUCGAUGUGCAGAACAUUCUACAGCAGCAGUUUUUGUCAAUCAAACUUUUGUGGAAUAUGAUCGGUUCAGUGCAACUCGAGCAGCAGCAGCAUCAGCACAUGGUUUUUGA